AUGAGAUGGAAGCAGGUUGUGCUAGGCGCCGGGCUUGCCCGAGGUUAUGGGUCUCCCAGAACUCCACUGUUCGACUAUGAUUGUGCUUCCGUGCAGAGGAGGUCAUCCGGCAUUGACUGGCAGCAGCUUCAUGAAGAGGUGACUUUCGCUGUGGAGGAGUCCCAGAAAGGCAUCGCGACCUUGCGUCCACCGUCAAGGUCUGGGCGCAUAGUGCUGCAUCAGGCGGAGCAGGCUUCCAAGGUCCAGUCCAACUUUUGCCACGCCGUUUUCCAGAAGAGGCACGAGCCGGACAAGUACAAAGGCAAGUGGCAGAAUCAUGUGUAUUUUCCAUCUCCGAAGGACUGGCGAUCUUUGUCCAUUUAUCAGCUCCUCACCGAUAGAUUUGCUGAUGGCGAUCCUCGAAACAACGAGCUAUUCGACGGGGGCUUCGAUGUACGAGACAUGACGUUCAGGCAUGGAGGCGAUUUCGUGGGCCUGACCAACAAGCUCCCUUACAUCAAGGGCCUGGGUUGCCAGGGCGUGUGGAUCUCACCCAUCUUUCAGAAUGGCUUCAACUUCUACCAUCAGUACGCGCAGAUCGAUUUCACUCUACUGGAUCAACGAAUGGGGACGCUGCAAGAGCUCCGCAAUCUCGUCACCACCGCGCACGACCUGGGAAUGUAUGUCAUUGUUGAUGUCGUUAUGAACCACAUGGCGAAUGAGUUCUUCUUCGACGGUCAUGAAUACACUCAGGCGCCGUUCAGAUUUCACGAGGAUGGAGGUUUGCGCGAAUAUCUGCUGCAAGCACGGAAGGAUGACAGCUUGAUGCACGACACACCUGCCGGCAAGCAGCCUUAUCGGGACUUCUACUAUGACAACACCUGGGUCCCAAGCGCGAAAUACAGUGGCAAAGUGUAUGGUCAGUAUGGUGAAUGGCGUACCGACGACGGGAAUGGUACCUACGAUUUGUCGGAUUUCCAUCACAAUGGAGACUUGGUUGAUUACUUUGACCCAUGGGAAAUCAACUUUGGCAAGAUCUACGGCACCAUGGACGACCUUAGACUGGAACACGAGCGUGUACAGCAAAAGUACAUUGCCAUGACAAGGGCGCUUAUCGAAAGCUGUGACAUUGAUGGCUUUCGUGUCGACACACCCAUGCAAGUUCCGCUGAAUUUCUUCAAAGUCUGGGCCCCUGCGAUGCGACAACAUGCUGCCUCGCUCGGCAAAGAGCGCUUCGGGAUCUUCGGCGAGUUCUAUGUGACGCCUUCGCGCUAUGCCACGAUGACUGGGAGAGGUCGAGACAAUACGAUGUACGGACAGGAUGUUUUCAUAGACGGCGCGGCUACGUUGAAAGGUGGCAUCGUCUAUCCCUACUAUUGGUACAUAUUUACGGCCAUGGUCUACAAGGACCCGCAGUAUGCAGAUGGUUUGAUUAUGGCCUACACCGAAGAGAACAAAAUGAUCGACACUUUUGAUCCAACCACGAACAGAUCUGAGUACGCCAUGAUGACCUUCUGCAAUAACCACGACAACUGGCGCAUGCAGAGCAUGACCGGCAAGGCUGAAAUGAGGAUGUGCCUGGCAGUGAUCACUUUCUGGCCAGGAAUCCCGCUUCACUAUGCCGGCGACGAGCAAGACUUCGAUACUCCGGGCAGUGCGUUGGAUGGAUGGGCCCGCGAGGAGCUAAGUGCUUCGCUCGCCUGGCAAGCGAUACCCACCCGCCCGGACGGGAACCCCGCAGACCGCGACAACUUCGACAUGACCAGCGAGACAUAUCGUUACAUUGCUCGGCUGAACGCCCUUCGCCGUUGGUACUUCGGUGACUUCGGAAGGGCGGAGUGCGACGUCGUCACUGCACCGAACCCGCAGAUCCCCGGAAUCGUGGUGUUCGAGCGUGGAUGUGACAGUCUGAAGAAGGUCUUGGUGGUUGCCAGCUUUGAAACCAUUGAGAACAAAACGGUCAGAAUUCCGGUGUCCUGGGUGAGCGGAACACAGCUUAGCGACAGUCUGGAGGUCCGGAACCCAUUGAUGCUCACAGUCACCCCAACCCGUGACGUUUCCAUCAAGCUGCACCCCCUCGCUGCUUUUGUCCUCGUUCCUCUACCCGUGGCAACUGUGCCGCCUUCGGUGGUCUCUGUGACCCCUGGGCAUGGCUCAGUUGCAGAGUGGUCGGCGGAUGCCGGGGACGUGGUGAAUGUGACAAUCCGCUUCGACAGGGCCAUGCAGCCAUCAGUUCUUUCUGCGGCCCUUUUUGAUGGACAGCCGGCUGCUUUCCGGUGCGCCACCCCCGCGUGCCAGGAGAUCAUGCUGGAGCUUGAUGCAGCCUCGGUCAGCAAUCAAGUGCACCACGUGUCCAUCAUCGAGACCGCAACAUCGCAGGAUGGCGUCCCUCUCUUCGCCAGCUUCCGUUCCUCUUUCGUUGUCGAUCGGAGCUUCGGGGUCCUUAGCCGGCCGUGGUUGCACAGCAUGCCGGGCCUCGUCUGCGCCAACUGGACACGGAUCUGCCAUAACGCCACCGGGGCCUCCUGGCUCCGCAUCAAGAACGUGGGGAGCGCCUGGUCCACAUGGAAAUCGGCAGAGCCUGUCACGGCCUGGCAGAGCGCUCCUGGAAUCCCGGUCCUGGUGCAGUACCACGCCGAGGGGAGUGCCAGCUUCAUCGUCGGUGACUGCGCGGACAUGGAGGGCCCUUGCUUUGCCAGCUGGCACGAGUCUAUGUUCCUGCGUGGUCAGUUCAACAGGUGGGGUGAGGCAGGCGAGGGGACAAUGGUGAAGCUGGAUCAUUUUACUUGGGCGGCCAACAUCACUGUUGACCGGUUCUUGAAAGGCAAAUUUGCGCCUUUCCGGGAUUGGACGGUCUCCUAUGGGCUCCAUCCUGCCAGAGAACUUCUUUACAAUAUGCCCUCCUUCGACCCACGCUUCUACACCUUCCAUGUGGAUCCACACAUGUCGGGAUCCGAGGCGAGUCGGCGGUGGAUGGAGGAGCGGGGCCACUGGUCGGCGAACCAGGGCAUGGCCUCGGGGGCCGAAUGGGCCACGGAGAUCUGGUUCUCGCACCUCUGCAGCACCGCGUCCCCGGAGUGUGAGCCGGCGGAGAAUCCGCAGUGGGAGGCCCACGGCUUCAAAGCCGGAGAGACCCAGGAGUGGUGCGAGACUGUUGGGACCUAUCGUUGUGUGGAGUAUAAGGCGAACGAUUUCUCGCCGGAGAUGAGCGGCUGCGGCGCUUUCUCCUGCUGCAAGAGGAAGGUCAGCACUGUGCCAAGCGGUCCACCCGCAACGUGCUGUGUGCUCUUCAACGACCUCUUGCUCAACUACACGGUCUCCCCAGAUCUGUCGAAGUGCUCGAAGUUCGGGUCCACGACGUUGACGACCUCCAUGGCCCUGAAGACGUGCCCGGGUGCCCGGAAUGUCACCUUGGAGGACUCCCGGAGCGCCUCGCAGGCGCCCCCCUCGCCUUUCCCAACGGAUCCAAGGAUCCAGGAGAGCCUGGGCUGGAGCCGGGGCCGCGUUUUGGAGGCCGAGGAGGAGUUCGAGAAGAGCGGCUACGAGCGAUUUCACUCCCCGGAGACUUGGCACGAGGACGUGGCCUAUAGUAUCCUAGUGGACCGCUUUGCCAACGGCGACUUGUCGAACGACGAGGUGAACAUCCCAGACUUUCAGAGGGAGGAGCUGAAAGAUGGGCAGCCCUGGUCGAUUCAUCAGUGGCGCCACGGGGGUGACUUGCAGGGUGUCAAGGGCCGUCUCAUGUACCUGAAGCAGCUCGGUGUCACCACUGUGGUCCUUUCCCCGAUCUUCUUGAACAGCGCCGGCGAGUACCACGGCUCCUGUACCUCUGAUCUUUCCAAGAUCGACCCAGGCUUCGGCAGCCCUGAGCUGCUCCGUGAUCUAGUGCAGGAUGCGCAUGCAUUGGAUAUGAGGGUCGUCCUGGACGUUCAGGUGAACCACAUCUGUGCGAAGGGCAUGAGCUACACCACGAAUCCUGCAGUGGACUCUGUCAGUCAAUGUGUCAAGGAGACGGAGCAAGCAUACUGGGGUAUGGAUCGCGGCUUCCCCCUCUUCCCCAGCCAGUCUCGUAAAGAGAUGUCCUGGGGCAAUGACCUGCCCGAGUACAUGCAGCAUCAGUCCUUCUUCGUCCGAUGUGGACCCAAGGCCAUGUACCGACCGGGUGGUCUGGACUUCUUGAGACUGGAGCUGGAGAACGUCACCUCCAUCGAGGCGGGCUUUGUCUUUCCCGAGUUCUUCGCCACGAAUUACUACGAGCUGAACACCAUGGACGUGCACCUCCAAGAGCUCUUCACAAACCUCCUGAAGUACUGGAUUGCCUUCGCCGAUGUGGACGGCUACCGGGUGAGUGCAGUGUCACACAUCACGGCAGAUUUCUCAUCCUUUCUUGCUACCAACCUGCGCUACUACGCAGCCGCCCUGGGCAAGACGAACUUCUUCGUUAUCGGCGAGGUCCAGCAGGCCACCACCCCCUUCGGCUUCAUGCACGUAGGCAAGGUCCAAGGCCCUCAAGGGCCCCAGUACUUGCCCAAGAAGGUCCAGGGAGUGCUGGAUGCCAUGUGCCCCUACUACAGCGCUCUCUCGCCACAGACGCCCGGGUUCCUGGCAACCUUUCCAGUGCAGGAGUCCUUCUUGGUCAGGGAGGUCGCUGCAGGCUCCUCCAAGCCGAUGGACCUCUACGAUCGCGAGGAGUGGCAGGUGGCGGUGGCCCGAUCCCGGCAAGUUCUCGCGUCGCAGGGCGACAUCCACUCCAGUAUGGCUUCGGCAGAGUCGAAGGACACCCCGAAGCUCUUAUCACAGCAAGGGGGCCACUUCGCGGAUGACAUCUGGAGGCUCCAGGUGAGCUUGGCCUGGAGUUUCACCUGGUACGGGAUUCCGGACAUCUACAAUGGAGCCGAGAUGGGCUUGAACGGCGUCUGCUAUCGUAAUGCCGAGGAGCAGAAGGACAAGAAGGCGGCCAUGGUGGCAGCGGGCAUGAAGGACGAAGUGGCGGAGGCGAUCCUCAUCGGCUGUGACUACACAUCCUUUGGGAGCCGGAUGGACCCGGGCUUCUGGCGACAGGACAUGUUCUCUUCAGGGCCUUUCCGCUUGGGAUCGGCCGUGCCCAGCAUCCAAGCCCAGGCCGGGAUUGGCGCUGCACUGCAGGGUGCAAGCAGCCCGCACUGGUGCUCGGACCCAUUGCUGGAUACCAGGAACCCGGUGUAUCGGCUGACACGAGCCCUGAUUCGCAUGCGGAAGGCCUGUUAUCCCCUGCGCACCGCGCUGGACUUCCCGGCGAAGGCCGUGGACGGCCCCGAGCAGGAGCUCGCCUACUGGAAGUUGGACGACUCCAGGGGUCCGGCAGAGUCGCCGGAAGCCAUGCUGGUGGUGCUGAGGAUGGUGGAGACUCCCAGCGCCGACUAUUCCAAGUACAUCUUCCCCAACCUCGAGCAGCCAUAUCCGGAGGGUCAAGCCUUUGUGGACCUCUUCAACCCCUCGCGGCUGGCAGUGGUCUUCAUGGACAAGAACGUCUCUUAUCUGCUGGUGCCUGGGAAUUUGGCCACAAGCCACGUGGCCAUCUUCGCACCAGUGGGGUCGGUGCAGGCCGACGACAUCGGGGACUGGUCCGUCUGUAAAGGUGCCACGUUGCCACCGCUUGAAGAAUACAGCUGCGAGACUCAGUCUUCGUGGUUCCCGAUGUGGGGCACGAUGACCACGACCAUCCUUUGGAUUGCUGCGGUGGUUCUGAUCCUCUUGGUGAAUGCCCGGACGAGCAUCUACUUGAGCGUGGUCAUGGACCCCACUCCUCCGAGCAUCUCCCAGCCCCCGGGUGUGAGGGUGGAGCCGCGCCACAUCCUCGUGGCGGCCAUCGAGCACACCAUUCCGGAAAGGGGGGUGAAGGUCAGUGCCGGAGGACUCGGCAAGGUCUUGGACCAGAUGCUGAAAGAGCACCCUCCGGGCAUCAUGAGCCUGGUGCACCCCAUGUUUGGUGAUGUCGAUUACGGUCCAUUGGAUGAAUACACGAGAUUCAGCAUCGUGGUGGAUGGCAAGCCUCAGGAGGUUGUAGUUUACACCAUGCAGAGUGAUUUCGAGGGCAUCACCAGAGUGUGGUACAUCCUGAGCCAUGAGUACUUCACAAAGAAGGUGAAGACACAGCCAUAUCCCCCCUCCAUGACCAAAGUCUCGACUCUCCGCUAUUUCUCUCUAUGGAACCAAGCAGUGGCUCUUCUCUUGAGCGAGCUUGCUCCGGAUGUGUACCAUUGCAUGGACUAUCAUGCCGCCAUGGCUCCUCUCUACCUGUCGCGAGAGAGGCAGUUGCCGAUCAUCCUAGUCUUGCACAACGCGGACUACUGUGGUGUCAUCGAGACGGAUUUCAUCUGUGAUCGGUUUUGGAAGACCGUGAGCUCGCUCCGCCGUCUCAGCCUCAUCUUCAACAUUGAGAUCUCCACGAUCCGGAGAUACUGUAUGUUCGAGGGUCGCUUCAACAUGCUGAAAGCAGCUGUGACCUACAUUCGGGAAGUUCAGAAAGGGCACGGGAUCUGUGGUGUGGCCUACAACUAUGCCGUGGAGCUGGCACGCGAGAAAACUCUGUUUGCAGGCAUACCGCACAUCAUUGCGCUGGAUAACGCGACAGAUCCGGCGGAUGCCCAUGCAGAGAUCAGUGAGCUCAAGGAAAGGCGCUUCAUUGCAAAAGAGAAGCUGCAGAAGGAGUGUGGCUUGGACCUCGACCCAGGGGCGAAGAUUCUGAUUUUCAUCGGCCGCUGGGUGAAGCAGAAAGGAGUGGAUCACAUCGCCAUGCUGACCCCGGUCUUUCUCAGGAGUCACCAAGAUGUUCAGAUCGUCCUUGCAGGUCCCCCAGAUGAUGCUUGUGGCAGAUACGCUGGCGAGCUACUUGCUGGACUCGGCGAUGAGUUCAAGGGCAGACUCUUCGUGUGCACGAAGUUCUUCAAGCUUAGUGAGGAAUGCCGGCGCGGGGCGCAUCUUUGCUUUACCCCCUCCUGCUCCGAGCCCUUCGGCUACGUGGACGUGGAGUUCGGCCUUCUUGGGGUUCCCUCCGUGGGUUGUGCCAUUGGAGGACUCGGGAAGAUGCCUGGGGUCUACUUCCGCCAGCAAAACUCCGAUGAUGCCAAGAGCCUCAUCGACUCCUUUUUCUGUGCUGUGGACUAUGCCUUGAACAUGAAUGAGAACGACUACUGGAAGAUGGCCAGCAAUGCGACAACUGCUGAGUUCCCUUUCCACACUUGGCGCGAGAAUCUAAUCGGCGCGUACACAGAGGCCUGCACCAACUUCCGGCGGUCCUCAGGUGCCUCCCUGACUCUGAACCACCUCUGGGUGAGGAAAGGGGCCACCACUGCAGUGCAGGAGGCGAUGGCACCACGGCGCGAUAGUGCCCUGAGACGCAUGUCCUCCACCGCGCAAGUGGCCCACCAGAUGCAGGUGCUGGACAUCGACGAUGACGCCGAGUUCCUGACACAGGGUGUCAGCGAGGAGCGGGUCCAGGAAAUCAUGAAGCAGGCCAUGGCGAAUAAUCGAGGAAAGGUGAAAGAUGCCGAGACGCUUCAGAGCUACAUCUGCCAGGCAGAGCAGCGUCUCACCGAGAAGAGCCCGCUGUCGCUUUGGCUGAUGAAGCCCUUCCUCCGUGGCAUCUGCCUCCGUAUCCACGUGGUGAUUGCGCUCGGCUACAUCUUCUCCCCCGUUGGCGAGGCGCUGCUCAAGACCUUGGAAAUGCGGGCCAUGGCGAACUCGGGCGCCUCGGAGCAGGCCCUCUGGACGGUCUUCUAUGCGGGCUCGGCGGUAGGCUGCUUGCUUUGGCUCUUCCUAUCGAAGGGCGUCCCUCCGAAUCUGCUCAUGGCCAGCGCCCAGCUCCUGAACAUGGUCUUCUUCGUGCUCGUUCCAGCCCUGCCCGAGGAACUCUUCGACAAUGCUGUGGUCACCUUGACUUACCUUGGCCUCUGCGGUGUGCAGAGCACCUCGCGCCUGCUCUUCAUCAUCUGGAACUUCAACGAGGACUUCCAUGGAGGCUUCCAGGUCGCUGCCAGGCGAAUCGGGGUCCUCGAGUCCCUGCGCUCGGGCGUCGCGUGGAUUGCCGUGACCCUGAGCUAUGCAGGAAUGGACUACAUCAACAAGCAGCUGGUGCUCGUGGUCUCGCUGGCGACUUUGGUCCUGCUCUUCAAAGCACCCCAUUGCUACGCAUCCUACGUCCUUCCAAAGACGGAGCUGCUUGAGGGUAUGACCCACAAGUCUUUUAUCAUGUUGGUUCUGGCAGAGGCCCUGAACACUUUGACCUCCUACUCGUCGCAGAGCUUUACGCAGUGGUGGACUCUGAAUGGUUGGGAGCCUUCGGAGAUUGCAAUCUUUGCUCUGACUGUUGGUCUUGUCGGUCCCGUGGCGCUUUCCGUGAUCUUCUUCUUUCUGACUCGGAUGAACAAGUGGGGUCCGUGGGCUAUGCGAGACUUCAGUUGCCUGUUGCCACCGGGAUCUCUUCUACGUGCCUUGUGCUUGUGGGACCUGGGCUAUGUGAACUUCCGGUCGGAAACUUUCGUUGUGGCAAUCUUGGUCUCCGUGGGCCUGGAUGUGGCUCGGGGGGCAGCGGUGUGGUGCUCCAUCAUGACCAUCCUUGGCAACAAAUGGUAUGCCCUCAAAGGCUGUUACAUCUGCCUUACCUUGAUCUCGGCAUGUGCGGCGCUUUCGCCCAUGACGGGGCAUUGGAUUGCACAGACUGCCACACGGACGUCCCCACUGACAGACACGAAAACUCUGGAUCGUCCGAUUUCUGGCAAAGGCUCGCUGGGAGAGGCGACUGCAUGGGCGGUGAUGCCACUGGCCGUUGCAAGUUAUAUUUUCCAGCUCUUGGCAUGGAAGUAUUUCAAUGGUGACAUCUUGACCUUCAAGGGUCACGGGAAUGUCUUGCCAGAUGGUAGUAUCACCGGCACGGAGUCGACCAUUCAGCGCAUCCCCGCAGCCGAGGUCAAGAAGAAGAGGAAGGCAGCCCAGAAGUGUCAGGGCAAGGAGUGCCCAGAGGAGCCAGAAGCCCCGGCUCCGGCUGAGCCUCUCGAAACGGUGCUGGAGGAUCCGAAGGCAGAAGUCAACAAUCCGAAGGCAGAAGCCAAGAAUGAGGCAACGAGGAAGGAAGAGGCAGAGGCAGAAAUGCGGAAGGAAGAUGCCGAGGUGCCCCAGGAACCCUUGCCUCAGCUGAGCCAAAAGAGCCACAAGAGCGAGAAGAGCGGCAUGUCCGUGAGGGAAGAGGACUUUGGGAAGGUUCCCAGUUGCCCGAAGCAGCUUUUCGGGGACGCUGACGAGGUAGUGGACAACGAAGAGGAGAUGGACUUUUCAGCGGACAUCGUUCCUCCCGAGGAGAAGCCUCUGGAGUCAGCCCGGCGAGGCCAAGAGAAGAAAAACACUGAAGGUGGCCGUAUGUCCCAGCUUCUGAAAAGAGCCACAUCGGUUUUCACGAGCCACAGAACUAAUGCCACCAAUCAGAGCAAUGCGGUGGACGAUAGAGAAGAGACUCUGCUGAGUGUCGCUGAUGAGCAAUCCAGACUCUGA